AUGUGCAACGCGCGCACCCAGGGAAUUCAGAAGGGCUGUGGCCACUACGUCGCUGUCAAGACGCUUGAGGUCAUUGACUGUGGCCGCCCCAACUGCCGACACUCUGCACACCACGCCUGCGGCCGAUCCCGUUCAGCCUGCGCGUGCGCUAAGUACUACGGUCCCGACGUGGAGGAGAUCGUCCGCACAGAGACCGCCUGGUGCGAUCACUGCUCUAGCUGGUAUGAAGGCAAGGGCGCACCCCGCAAGCGCUGA